GUGGCGGUGGCGGGGGCAGCAGCAACAGGCGCCGGGGGAACAGCGGGAGCGUCGGUGGCCAUCACCUCCUCCUCCUCCUCCACCUGCACCUCCCCCUCUUCUGACAUUGCCCCUGCUGGUGGCAAUGUGGACUGGCAGAAGAGAUGCAUCACCCUGGAGAUGCAGCUGCUGAGGUUCCGGCUCCAGGCGGGCAAGAUCCGAGAGCUGCUGGCCGAGAAGAUGCAAGAGCUAGAGCAGAGGGUCACCGAAGCCGACCAGAGAGCAGAGACCGCAGAGAAACAGGUACGCUUGAUGGAAGAGAAGCUGAAAUCAGCAAAUGUGCAGCCCAGCGAAUCAGAGAACUCACUUUGCCUGAGGCUACAGGAGAUAACCAAUCAGGUGCAAGAGAGAGAUGGAGUGAUCAAACAGCUGGAGGCACAGCUGAAGAAACAGAAUUUGCUUCGGGCACAGGAGGCAAAGAUCAUAGAAGAGAAAGCCUCCAAAAUCAAAGACUGGGUCACUUUCAAGCUACGAGAGAUGGAGGUGGAGAACCAACAGCUGAAGCUGGCCAACAUCAAGCAGGCCGAGCAGAUCCUCUCCAUGCAGGACAAGCUGCAGGUGUGGCAGGAUGGUCCCUCCUCCCCGGUCGCCCCCUUGUCUCCCAGCCUUGAUGCCCACCUGGUGCCCUCCAGCCCGCUCUACCCUCCCAGCUGCCCUGGCACCCCGCCCGCCUUGGAGGAAGCCAGCUGGAGGCACACGCCCGCCACCGGAGCCUCCUCCUCCUCCUCAGCAGAAGCGAAGAAGAAAGCCUCGGACAUAUCAGACAGCUUAUCCUCUGCUGACAAGAUGGCGGUGGCAUCCAAAGUGGCGGCGGACAGUGGAACUCUGGGACGCAGCAGGGGCGUCCUAGCAGGAGGCCUCAGCCCCACCACCCCCACCCCCAGCGCCGCUACAGACGCCCAGAGCAGGGAUCACUCCUCAGAUGAGCUCAACAGCAAGUUCCGCCUUCAACGCCUGCGCUCUUCCUCCUCCGCCUCCUCCUCCUCGUCCUCCUCUUCCUCAUCCUCGGCGUACGAGAACCCGCAGGUGCCCACCAUGCUCCUGUCUGUGGAUGCUCCAGCACUCUCUUCCCUGACCGGUUCAGCAGCAGCAGCUCUGGCUUCUUCCUUCUCCCUGCCGGUGGGCACCAGCAUGACGCUGCCCAAGGUCCGCACCCCACUGACCCCCCGGGACAGCAUUCAGCUGCUCAAGAAGCACCAGAGCCAGCCACAGCCCCGUCUGGAGCGUUUCCACCACGUCAAUGUCAGCAUUGAUAUCGGGGCCUGUGGUGGUGGAGGUGGAGGUGGUUGUGCUGGUGGGCCGUCGCUGGCCCGGAGCCUGUCCCAGCAUGGCCCACCGAUGGGCACGGCGGCCCUGUCGCUGCCAGUGGUGGAGACGGAUAUUGAUGACGGUAUGGAGGGUGUGGAGGAGGGGGCCCAGACCGAGGCAGUGCAGCCCCAUGCUGGAGGAGGGGGGUCGGCGGCAGCUACGGGGGUGGUGGCGAAGGAGAGCCUGGAUCAGGAGGGAGUGAAGCCCCCUACGCCGCCACUACAUCGCUUCCCUGCAUGGGAGAGUCGCAUCUAUGCUGUGGCCAAGUCUGGUAUGAGGGUCUCAGAGGCCAGUGCUGGCGCCAAAGGAGCAGUGUCUCAAAGUCCAACAGUUGGCCCCUUCACCCAUCUGAUGUGCAAGAACAUUAGCGUGCCAGUCUAUACCACUAUCAAAGGGAAAGCCACUCAGAUCAGCACCUCUCCCCUGGUGGAGGAGGAGUCUGGUUCGGAGGAUGACACCAGCUCUCUGGGCUCCGUACGCAGCUCCACACUGGGCAUCGACCGCAAGGGCAGCACCCCCAGCAGUCCCCGCGCACUCAAGAGAGGUGUGUCAGUGUCGUCCAUCAGCUCUGAGAGUGACUAUGCCAUCCCCCCUGACGCCUGCUCUCUGGACAGCAACUACCUGGAGCCGGAGCACAAAGUGCAGCGCACCUCAUCCUACUCCUGCGAAAGCACUGGACCGGAGAUGCUGGAGAAGUCGGGGUACCUGCUGAAGAUGGGCAGCCAGGUGAAGGCCUGGAAGAGGCGCUGGUUCACCCUCAGGAACGGAGAGAUACUCUACUACAAAUCACCCAGUGAUGUCAUUCGGAAGCCCCAGGGCCAUGUUGAGUUGAACGCCUCGUGCCGCAUCGCCAGAGGAGAGGGGGGUCAGACAUUCCAGCUGAUCACAGAGAAGAAGACGUUCUACCUGACGGCAGACUCCCCCAACAUUCUAGAGGAGUGGAUCCGGGUGCUGCAGAACGUCCUCAAGGUCCAGGCCACCACCCCAGUUACCAUGGAGACGGCGCUCAAGCCAACCGUGCGAGGCUGGCUGACAAAGGUCAAACAUGGCCACUCCAAGCUGGUAUGGUGCGCUCUCGUUGGCAAGGUCUUCCAUUACUACCGCAACCAAGACGAUAAGUUUGCGCUGGGUCAGCUGUGUGUGCGCGAGGCGAGGGUGGACGAGGUGGACAGGUCAUGUGACUCCGAUGAGGACUACGAGGUGGGUGGGCGUGGCCUACUGUCGUCCCACUGCACGCUAGUGGUCCACCCCAAAGAGCAGAGCCCCACCUACCUGCUCAUAGGAACCAAGCAGGAGAAGGAUGCCUGGUUGUACCACUUGACGGUUGCUGCGGGUAGUAGUGCCAGUCUGAAGGUGGGCACAGAGCAUGAGAGGUUGAUAGGCAAACUCCUGGACACGGACGGAGACCCUGAUUCAGAGCUGUGGAAGCACAAAGUGCUCUGCUACAGCAAGGAUGGACUACGCUGUCCGCUCACCACCCUGCCCUCGGAAGCACUGCAGACUGAGGCCCUUAAACUUUUCAAGUCCUGUCAGCUGUUCAUCAACGUGCUGGUGGAGUCCCCCUCCAUCGACUACCACACCUCGCUGGCCCAGAAUGCAUUGCAGGUGUGCCUGACGCACCCCGAGCUGCAGAACGAGAUGUACUGCCAGCUCAUCAAGCAGACCAACUGCCGCACGCCCAACAACUACUCCCUCACACAGUGUUGGCAGCUGUUGUCUGUGUGUGUGGCUCUCUUCCUGCCUCAGCAGCACUUCCUCUGGUACCUCAAGCAGCACCUGCAGCGGCACGCAGACCCCAGGACGGAGGUGGGGAAGUAUGCUGUGUACUGCCAGCGCUCGGUGGAGAGGACGCAGCAGAACGGGGAGCGUGAGGCCAAGCCCUCCAGGAUGGAGAUCGUGUCCAUCCUGCUGAGGAACCCCUACCACCACUCACUGCCCUUCAGCAUACCUGUACACUUCCUCAACAACACAUACCAGGUGGUGGGCUUCGACGGCUCCACCACGGUGGAGGAGUUUGUGCGGAUGUUGAACCAGAGGGCGGGCAUGCGGAGCACGCAGCUGUCAGGCUUUGCCCUCUUCACAGACGACCCCACGGCCUCGGAGCUGGAGCACUGCUUACAGCCCCACGCCAAGAUCUGUGACAUCAUUUCCAAAUGGGAGCAGGCACUGAAAGAGUUGAAUCCUGGGAAGUAUGAGGGCACGCGCAUCGUCCGCCUGACAUACAAGAGCAGGUUGUGUUUCCGUGCCCAGGCGAAGGGUGAGACGGAGCGUGAGCGCCUCCUUCUGGCGUACCAGGUGAAUGAGGAGGUUCAGCAGGGACACUUCCCCGUCAACAAGGAGCUGGCCCUGGAGGUGGCUGCACUCAUGGCACAGGUGGAGUAUGGUGACAUGGUGCCCUCGUCCGGCAGUGGUGGCUCUGCACAGCCCAAGGGCCAACAGCUGCUGCCUCAGGCACUGGAGCGCUUCUAUCCCAAACGCUACAAACAGGACCUCAGCAUGGAGCAGCACAGGGAGUUGUGUGAGAGGCUGUCCAGUAAGUGGGCUCUGCUGAAGGGCUGCAGUGCGGCCGAGUGUGUGCGGAUCUACCUGACGGUGGCACGCAAGUGGCCCCUCUUCGGAGCCAAGCUCUUUAGCGCCAAGCCAGUGAAUCCCACAGCAGUGCAGCAGCCACAGGUCUGGCUGGCCGUCAGCGAAGACGGCAUGAGUGUCUUGGACUACACAAUGCACCUGCAGGUGACCCACCCCUAUCAGUCUGUCAUCACCUUCGGAGGGUUCCGCGAUGACCUCAUGGUGGUGGUGAGCCAGACCAAGGACCAGGCGCAGGGGAAGAAGACCGUCGACAAGUUCAUCUUUGCCAUGCCCAAGCCCAAGAUCGUGGAGUUGACGCUGCUCAUGGCCAGCUACAUCAACUACUGGAGCUCAGCCCCGCCCACAGGCACCUCUGGCCCCGCCUCCACCCCUGGCUCCUCCCGCUCCGACAGGAAGCUGUGGAACAUGGACAGCCGCCACUUCCCGUCCAUGACCUACAACACCAAGGGGCCCACACUACUGUGAGCCGCUACCCGCUUGCACCACACAGCUGCUGGUGGUGCAGUUGGUACAUCAUGCUGAAUGAUGACUGAGGGCAAAAGAACAGGUCCUGCAAUUCAUAGAACUCGCAGAACCCGCUUCUAUACAGAACAUGUAAAACGUUUUUUUUUUAACCUUACAUGUUUCGACGGCAAAUCUUCCAACUUCAUCAUCAAAAACUGACACCUGUAUGACCUUCUGAGGAAGAUGCAUGUUUUUCCGUGAAAACGUUUUGCCGCAAACUUUUCACUGGCCUGUUAUAAUAGAGAUUAGAAUGUUCUAUUAAAAAUGAAGACUUUAUGAAUCUUAUACAAGGCCUGCAACACAGCUGCCGUUGGUGCAGACACAUUAGAACAAAGGAGUGAGGGCAAACAACAGGGUAUUUUAACCACGGUUUUCUUCAGUGCGUUUGUGUACAAACUGUUUUUUUUUCUUUUGACAAAAAGCUUGAAUUUUAAUUGUGAGAAAAUGUCUUAAUAUUAUAAUUUUUUGUGUAUGUUUUCAUGAUAAAAGAAUGAGUGCACCAAAACUCCUCGAAGGCGUAAUAUAGUUAAAACAUAUAUCCUUAAAGACAUUUUUUUCAUGGCAGAGUUGGCUGGAACAAAGUAGGAAAAACACAAGAAUCACAGUGAAAUAGACGAAGUAAAUAAAGUUAAAACAAAUGGCCUUAUUAAAUUACUCCAUUGUUGUUCGGCACACUUGGCUAGACUGGCCAUUCAAAAACUACCGUGCAGAUGAAAAGAGUUUGCCAACAUACACAGUCAUUGUCAUUGGUAAACCUGACGUGGCCUUACCAAUACAUGUAUAUGUGCUAUUUGUUCAAGUUUCCUUUUGUGCUGUCCUUGUGAGACCUAUUUCCUGUAUGUGUGUAUAGUCUUUGAUGUCUGCAGACUUUGUUUAAAACCACUGUAAAUGGGGUUAUACAUACUAAUACCAGCAGAAAAGCUCUGUGGUCCCAUGGUUAGGGACACGUACGACACUACCACUCUUCCCCCAUUUCCGUUGCUCAAUCCACCAAAAGCUUCCAACCAGGGCUGGAUUGGGACAGAAAAACAGCCCGGACAUUUGUUGGCAUAGACCAGCCCCAAUAGCCUGCUGCAUUUCUAUGAUAUUACGAUUACCUAUUUUCACUGUGUAUAUUAAAGACAGUUUUUCCUUAAGGGAAAAAACUAACAAAAAAAACAACAGCGUCUGCCCCUGAGGACUGUCGUCCUACAGAGAAAAUGCUCUGUAUGCCAGAUCACCAGUCCAGCCCUGUUUCCAGCCGACAGAGACAUCAUUUUGUCCUAACAGUUAACGAGGUCCUCUCAGGAGGAUUCAAACUAUUGGUAGGUGGACUUUUGGUGAAUAUCUCAUGAUAUUAUAGCAUAAAUGGGUAGAAGCAGUACUUUUUUGUACUGUCUGUACAGUAAUGACUUAUUUUCAUUUUCUGAAGCCAUGCAAGUACACAUUCAACAUCAAAGACUGCCCUACAUCUUCAAUUACUUAAUUAUGCUAGUUACUUUUGUGGACAGCCAGGUACAUUGUUCAAUUCAUGGGGGAACCAAAGAGAUGCAUUCAUUCAAAGAACUGAACUUGGUUUGGACGUCUGGAAGGAUUUGUGGGCUGACUUUUCUUGGACCACUUUGUGCUGUCUUAAACAAGUUUCAUAUGGUGAUAUGGAACCAUAUUGUAUGCAAAGUUCCCUGUAUAUGUGUCCAUGAUGCGUAAUACUUUGCCAGUGCCUUAGGGGGAGCAAAGGUAUGGACACAAGAAACAGAAAUGUAUCUUAGCUUCCCACAGAUGGCUAUGAGGAGGAGGAGGAAGAAGGGAAACCAGCAUGUUUAUUACAGUUUAAACAAAUCAAAAUAUCGGUUACUCAGUACAUUUAGGUACGGUGCAUCUUACAAUUCACCACUGUAAACAGUCAAACAAAGCUAAACACUACUGGUCAGAGCAGGAAAUUUUGUCCCAGAGUUUUGACCACUUUGUGCACUUUUUUAAGAGCUCACAUCAGUUUGACAGACAGUACACUGACAUUAUGUGUGCACUCACUUGGCAAUGCGUACACUUCAAAUCUAAAGCUUGUGGAGUGCAUAAACUUUUCUUUUUUAGUCUUAACAAUGCUGUAAUCCCAUCCGAGCCUUUACAACUUGCUUCAUCUGAGCCAGUCUGAAGGGGGGGGAACACAUUCUUCAAAACAAUUGACAGAUAAAUGCAGGAAUAAAAUAUCAGUUCAGAGACUUGCCAAUGACCCAGAUCUACACAGAUGCGCCUAGGGAUUUGGCACUCCAAAAGAACCAAUCAAAUUCAGAUAGUCAGAAUACAGAUGCUGGCCUUCUGUCUCAUAAAGCAGGGACUGCAUCACAGAGCGAUACACACACACACACACACACACACACACACACACACAGACAGACAGACACACACACACACACACACACACACACACACACACACACACACACACACACACACACACACACACACACACACACACACACACACACACUUCACCCAUAACACACUACCAUCAAAACGGUACUAGUGACUUGAAUUAUGUCUGGAUCAAACCACUGUCUUUGUAACGUUGUUCUUUUUUUAGCUAUUUAUUUGUAUGCCUGUCGUUUUAGUUGAGUUAUAUUGUUUUUAGACCAAAUCAUGUUGAGAAAAGGGAUGAUUAGGGUAUGGGUAGUUUUGAGUGAGUAUGUAUUGCUCUCGAAAUUGAUGGUAUAUGUAUGUAAUAUGACAGUAGGUGACAUGGCAGUGUAACAGUGAAAAUGUAGUGUGUG